GUACAUAGCUCAUAACUAUCAUACAUAAUAGGCGAUUGACCAUGGAUCAUCGUCUAGGACUUAUACGGCGUAUUAGAAGUCAAGAAAUUAUUAGCUGUCCUGCCACCUUACUAAGGAUAUAAAAGCUUGUAUACCUCCAAUGGACGUAUUUUAUGAUAAUAGUCUAAAAUUCCAACCCUUCUUAGAUUCAUCUUCUUUGUUCUCGAUCCGGGCCUAGCCAGUCUAUUCCAAUCCCAUCAACUCGAACUUCAUCAUCAACUUUCCAACCAAACUUAGAAUGGGAAACCCACCGCAACUACCUCCCUUUCCUCGACAGACAGGCAUAUUUCCGCAAUUUUUUGCAAGGCAAUCCGAAACCUUAGUUCUGAAAGAAAAAUGCCUGUCGCUGUCGGGGAAUAGCUUCGACAUCAGCCUCCCUAACGGUCAGCCCAUCUUCAAAGUAAAUGGCGAAUCCCUUUCGUUGUCCAGCCGCAUGAAUGUCACAGACAUAAGCGGCAACUUUCUGUUCAGCAUCCGCAAGAGGCACUUGAGCAUACACACGACCUACUACGCCGAGAAUUCUAAUGGCGAGGAGAUCUUCGAAGUGAAGAGUAAAUUUAGGUUGGCCGGUUCUAAGUUUAUUGGUACAUUCACUUCUGCGUCUGGUCAGCAGGAAGAACUAGUGAUGAAGGGCGACUGGACUGAUACGACGGCCGAUAUCACGGAUGAGGCCACCGGCCAAACCGUCGCGUCCGUUUACCGUGAUCGCUGGAAUGCGCGGGAGUUCCUGGCCGAUCAACAGACUUAUAACGUCACUAUCGCGCCGAACGUCGACAUGGCUAUCGUUGUCGCAAUGUGCAUCUGCCUAGAUAUGAAGAGAAACGAAGCUCCGUAGGGAGGAUGUAUAUGCGAUAAAUUUUUGUACAUUGGUUUGGAAUUUGGUUACCUUAAAUAUAAGCGAUGAUAAUACCUUGGAGCGUUGUACUUGUGUGCUUUUGGAGGAAUAUCGCGAGUGGGAGUUUUAUUCCUUUUAACUAGGGGAAGCUAAUAGUUUUGGAGAUUGUUCCUUGUUAUAUGAAUAGCGCCUAUUUAUCGUAAUACACAAAUCUGGUGUGACAAAGCCGUAUUGGCGUUUAAGAUAAUUAUCAAAGCCUUCUUAGGAAUCUAUAAAAAGAGUUGCGAGUGUAAAACCACCGCGUAAAACUCACU